ACAGGGAGGGGGCGGCAAAGGGGCGUUUUCGAGGCCCGAAGGAGUCUUUUGAGUUUGGAGGAGGGGCAUGAGCGCGCGGCAAAUCGGGCGGGAAGAGGCAAAAAAGGAUUAGGGCGCGCGCCGCGGCUGUUCCCGUUCUCACAGUCGCGCGGCCCAGGAACUGCAGUUGCGCGAGGGGAAGGCGGCCCCGCCCAGGUCGGUCCUAGGCCCAGACGAAUGCCCCCAUUUCCUCAGUCCGUACUCGCGUCUCCUUCCCUGCCCGGAAUCCCCGCUCCUGCCCGGGCUGCCGGCUGCGGGGCGAGCUGCGCGGCGGUCUAUCUUUUAAGCAUACAGCUGGAUUUGCUUUAUUCAAUUUGAGAGUAUCUUGUAACAGCCCCCAGGGCCAUUUCUGAGCAGUAGAGGUUACAACUACUCCACUGAACAACUACUUCCAAAUCCUGUCAUCAAGUCCUGUGCUUCUGUUCCAAAUGGUAAUAGAUGCAUAAUUUUUAUUUAAGAGAAAUGAGUGUAACUAGUAUUGCAUUAAGAGUUGAAACCUGGCUUUUAGCUACGUGGCAUGUUAAGGUACCUCUAAUGUGGCUGGAAGCUUGUAUUAACUGGAUCCAAGAAGAAAAUGAUAAUGUUAAUUUGAGUCAGGAACAAUUGAAUAAACAAGUAUUUGAGCAAUGGCUUCUUACCGACCUGAGAGAUUUGGAGCAUCCUCUUUUGCCUGAUGGCAUUUUAGAAGUUCCAAAAGGAGAACUGAAUGGAUUUUUUGCUCUGCAGAUUAAUUCAUUGGUUGAUGUAAGUCAACCUGCAUAUUCGCAGAUACAAAAAUUAAGAGGAAAGAAUACAACAAAUGAUCUAAUUACAGCUGAAACACAAGUAACCCAAAAACAUUGGGAAGCAAAGCCUUCACGACUGUUGAUGCUACAGCUAACUGAUGGAAUUGUACAAAUGCAGGGAAUGGAAUAUCAGUCUAUCCCAGCUCUUAAUAGUGAUCUUCCUCCAGGUACAAAAAUUUUGAUUUAUGGGAACAUUUCUUUCCGUCUUGGUGUUCUCUUAUUGAAACCAGAAAAUGUGAAGGUAUUAGGAGGAGAAGUAGAUUCUCUUUUAGAGGAAUAUGCCCAAGAAAAAGUACUUGCAAGAUUAAUUGGGGAACCUGAUCCUGUAGCUUCAGUCACACCAAGUAAUUCUAACCAAAGCAUCUCCAGAAUUACAGACGCUCUAGAUCCUGCGUUGGGACCGUCUGAUGAAGAACUCUUGGCAAGUCUGGAUGAAAGUGAUGAGCUUGCAGCAAAUAAUGACACCUCCUUGGAAAGAAGAUGUUUCAGUACAGGUAGUUCCUCAAAUACUGUUCCCACAAGACAGUCAAGUUUUGAACCAGGACUUAUUAUUUCUCCAAGACCAAAGGAGAAACCACCAAAUCAAUCCAUGCAUUUCAUUGCUGGGGAAUUAGAUGACUUUUCAUUGGAGGAGGCCUUGCUUUUAGAAGAAAGUGUCCAGAAAGAACAAACGGAGACUAAAGAAUUGCAGCCAUUGCCUUUGAACAGAACCACAGAUGAAAGUAUAGAGAGAUUUUCACAUAAACCUAAUACUCCAAAUAAUUUUUCUUUGAUUUGCAAAAAUGGAAACAGUAAUUGGAAUGAAAAAAAUUUAUCUGAACAAAUGACUAAUGAAGACAAAUCUUUUAGUUGUCCAUCUGCUAGAGACCAAAACAGUAGUGUUUUUUCAAUUCAUCAUAAGGUACCCCUACCCCAUGAUUUUACAAAUAAAGAUAAGAACUCAGAGACAGAUAAUAAAGUAAAACAAACCAUCAGCAAUUCAGAUGGACAUUCCUUAAAUAAUAAAAUAUUAAAUGGAGAGCUGGUCAAUUAUGUACCAAAAAAGAGUUCACAAAUUUCUGAUGAAAGUGAUCACCAUUUACAGACCCAUUCUUUAAGAUCAUCAGAGAAUAACACUAAUCUUUCCAUUGCCAUGGAUUUGUAUUCUCCACCUUUUGUCUAUUUGUCUGUUCUAAUGGCCAGCAAACCAAAGGAAGUUACAACAGUGACAGUCAAAGCAUUUAUUGUAACCUUAACUGGAAAUCUCUCAGCUUCUGGUGGCCUUUGGAGUAUAACAGCAAAGAUUUCUGAUGGUACUGCAUAUCUAGAUGUAGACUUUGUAGAUGAAAUACUUACUAGCCUGAUAGGGUAUUCAGUACCAGAAAUGAAACAGUUAAAAAAAGAUCCUCUUCAAUAUCGAAAGUUCCUGGAAGGUUUGCAGAAAUGUCAGAGAGAUCUAAUAGAUUUGUGCUGUCUAAUGACUAUUUCAUUUAAUCCCACCUUGUCUAAAGCAAUGGUACUAGCAUUACAAGAUGUUGAUAUGGAACACUUUGAGAACCUAAAAAAGCGAUUGAAUAAAUAAUUUACCAAAUAGUAUUAGAAAACAAUAAGAAAUAUUUAGAAUUAAAUUUAUCCUUUUAUUUUUGAAACUUUCUUUUUGUAAAAGGGAGAAAGGAAGUUUCAUAGCUUAUUUCAGUUUAAUUUAAAAAUGUUUCAUCAUGUUUGUGUGUUUAGAUUUUUUUAAAUAAAUUAAUUUUUUAUGGUAA